AUGGCCGGUAAGGGCCCCCGGCCUGCCUGCGUCGAAGAUUACGACGAAGAACAACAACACACCCUACCCGACACCAGACUUUCGGCCAUUAUUGCUGCCAAUACAGCUGCCAAAUUAUCCUCCAGGUUGGAAAGAUUCCAGGAGCCGCUGAUCGACGGUGCCAGUGACUCAGGCUAUUCUAGUCGCACCGCCGCUACGGUUAAUAGCACCCAAUCUGCGCCGUCGGGCGGAAAAAGCCCCCCGAUCCCUCUUAAGCUGGACACUUCCAAGCGUAACGACCUCGCCAGGAAAAGUUCAACCAGAGAACGCAAGGACAAAGAACGAUCUCGACCCCCGCGCGAAGAGAUGAUGGUUGGUGCCUAUCCGGGCGCUGCCCAUCACGCUCACGUGCCCCGGUCGUCGUCCAAGUCUCGUCGACGAGAAUCUGCCCAUAUCCAAUAUCACGACAAUUAUUACGACUACGGUACUCAGUACCAUCAAUCAACCCCGAUUGACCACCGACAGAACGACUACUCCUACUACGCCCAGCCACGCCCACCCAUCCCAGAAUACUCAUCGUCCCCGCACAAUCCUCGUUAUGCCCCCGGCGCCAUAGAGAACAUUCAUGUCAGUCACCCUGGUCGACCCAGCCGCUCCAAUUCGUAUCACACCUAUCAUUCCAACGGACGACCCAUGAGUUUCCACGGUAUGCCACAUGGAAUGGGUUCUGGAAUGGCAUCUCCGAUGUACUCUCAGCACGGAUACGAUCAUGGCCCUCCACCAGCCAGCUCGGCAUACAUGCAACCAUACUCGUCAUCUCCAUACACGCAAUCCUCUUACUAUGCCCCAUCGGCCUCGGACUACCUCCCAUCGGAGUAUCCACGAGAGCGGUCCCUGUCCCGGGAACCGUCACGCCGUCGGUCCUCAUCGAUCUAUACUGCCCCCAACCCACCCAUGGACUCUGGGGCGUAUUCGCCAUGGUUUGAUGAAGAUCCACCCAUGGACCACUAUUCCUCGCGAGAUGUUGUCCGUGACCGUCCUCCUCCAAGACAACAGGAACAGGAUGAAGACUACUAUCGGAUGCCACCGCCAGGAGCUAAGCCCAAGCCCAGGCCACAGAUCCACCAGGCGAAGCGACCAGAGCGGCCAGACCUACCGCGGAAGAUGCAUACCUCUUCGGGUAUUGUCCCAUCUCAACGUCUCCCAUCCAGGGGCAUGGAUAGAGAACGAGCCAUUGACAGAGAACGAGGCAUGGACAGAGAGCGAGGCAUCGACAGGGACAGAGGCAUUGACAGAGAGCGAGGCAUCGACAGAGAGCGAGGCAUCGACAGAGAGCGAGGCAUCGACAGAGAGCGAGGCAUCGACAGAGAGCGAGGCAUCGACAGAGAGCGAGCCAUGGACCGAGAUUUGGACAUGUCGGAACUUGCAGCUGCCUUGCCGGUGGUUCAAGACCGCGCCCAUCAUCGAGUUUCAAGGGACGCCCCGUUGCCAGAGAGAGCCCGUAGCCUACGAGAUCACCGACGAUCCGUGUCCUACCAGGAUGAUCGAAGGUCUGCUCAGGUGGCCGUGGCGAGCUCUCGGCGACGGAAGCCAACCGAGUACUACUACGAUGCCCCAUCCAGCGCCGCCGGCGAUCUCGAAGAUCGCGAGCGUGAAGCCGAGAACUAUCAGGCAGCCCGAUCCGGCCGAGCCUCAGCGCCUGCAUUACCUCUCUCCACGGAGUCCUUGCUCCCUACCAAAGCGUCUCACCGCAACGGGAGCGAGAGCGGCAGCCAGAACAGUCGGUCGAGCGGCAGCCGCGGCAGUGCCACGGCCUCACAGAAGGAAGAUGACAAGAACAUGACCCUCACGUUGAACGGAUUCCAAAUUGGAUUUGCACCUGAAGCAGUCGCUGGCAAAUCUAUUAACAUUCGUGCUGGGGAGACUGGGGCUGUCCGAUUGAACAUCGGUGGCCCGCGGCCAUCCAAGCCGCGUGUGAACGGUACCAGCUCUGAUUAUGCGGGUAGCUCCAGCCGUCGGGAACUUGAAGAUGUGGUGAGGCGUCCGCGGGAUGAUAGGCGGUCGGAACGACCUAGUCGUCGAGACAGCCAGUCGACCUACGGGACUACUCGCUACCAUUGA